GCUUGCGUGAACGCGGUUCCAGGGCUGUGCCACACGCCGACCGCUAUGGUGUGAGAAGCUCCCGAGGUCGCUACGAGUCUGGACAGCAACCCUCAGGAAUCCUCCCACUUUCUCAUCUCUUUCUUCCACUGUCGGAACCAACGUCUCUGCAUCUCAAGGAACGAAAGAUUCUGGGUUAAGUUCCCGACCAAUCGUUCCCGCCUCGUUCCCGUCUUCUAGAACGCGGCCCGCAACAGCUAGCGGCCAGCCCUUGAAUGAUGGCGUCGCCCGCUAUUGAGCCGCCUGUUGCAGGAACGACUACGGCUGCCGAUCCAACGAUCAUUGAGAUCGAUCCUGAACUCGUACCCGGCGACAAUGAUUCAUCACUAGGAGACUUCAGUGACGAGCUAAAUUCGUUCACGACUUCGCUGUCCCCCAGCGUGACAAAUUACCCGCUCGAGAAUGGACGCCGAUAUCACGCUUUCAGGCCAGGAGUCUAUGUCUUGCCAAAUGACGAGGCCGAAUUGGACCGGCUCGAUAUGACGCAUUUCAUGCUCAAAAAGGUGAUAGGUGACAAACUUCAUCUUGCACCUCUACCGGAUACGAUUAAGAGAGUGCUUGAUUGUGGAACUGGUACUGGCAUAUGGGCGAUUGAAAUGGGCGAGGCACACCCAGCUGCUGAAGUGCUCGGAAAUGAUUUUAGCCCAACGCAACCGACAUGGGUCCCCCCAAACGUGAAAUUUGAAGUAGACGACCUCGAAAGUGCAUGGACUUACACCGCCCCUUUCGACUUCAUUUUCGGCAGAUAUUUAUGUUGCGCGAUCCAGGAUUGGCCAAAGCUCAUCAAAAACGCAUUCAACAACACCACUCCUGGUGGCUUCAUCGAAUUCCAAGACUGGAACCUCAAAUACCACUCCGAAGACGGCUCGCUGACCGAGCAGCACGAAGUUGCCCGCUGGGACCAGAUCAUCAUCGACCUAUCAUCUCAGAACGGCCGCGAACCAAAUCCAGGGCCACUGCUCGAAGGGUGGAUGAAAGAUGCCGGUUUCAUUAAUGUCGUUGCGAAGAGACAUAAGCUUCCUAUUGGGCCUUGGGCGAAGGACCCAAAACAAAAAGAAAUCGGCCUUUUCAACCUCUGUCAGAUCAUCGACGGAUUAGAGGGCUUUUCAUUCAGACUCAUGACCCAAAUCUUGAAAUGGUCGCCUGAGGAGGUUGAGGUCUUAUGCGGGAAGGUCCGGACGGAGUUAAAAAGCAAGGGUUUGCACGCGCUGUUGGAUUUUUGGGUCUGUUAUGGCCAAAAGCCCGAGUAAUGUCUAUAAAUUGAUUCUAUGUCUAUUUUAUUCUUUGCUACUUAGCUAAAAUUCGUACUUCAUUUGUUGCUG